AUGACAGAACGUAUCUCCUCCACCGCCUCCCCCCCAGGGGGCGCUGAUACUACGUUUGCAUACACCACAAACACGAACAGUUCAAAUGAAGAAAAUGAACUAGAUUAUGAAGGGGAUGAAGUAUGUGACAAGGAAUACGUGGCCCAAGUUGGAUCCAUUGCAGUUCCAUUGUUCUUUUCUCUCGUGGUCCUGCUCAGUCUGGUGGGUAACGUUCUGGUUCUUGUGAUCCUGGCACGCUACGAAUCUCUCAAAUCCUUGACCAACAUCUUCAUCCUCAACUUGGCUGUAUCUGACCUGAUCUUCACUGCUGGACUUCCAUUCUGGUCCUUUCAGUUUAUCUGGGGCUGGACGUUUGGUAAAAUAAUGUGCAAUGGUGUGAGUUUUGUCUUCUCUGCUGGAUUUUAUAGCAGCACUGUGUUCCUGAUGGUGAUGACCCUCCAGCGCUAUCUAGCAGUGGUCCAUCCUCUGUCUGACUGGGAGACGGGCUCAAGUCUAGCAGUUCUUCCCAUCCUUGCCUGGGUGAUCAGCAUUGGAGCAGCUCUACCAGCCUUAUUUCAAACCUCAGUCGUGCAAGACCAUGAUAACCAUAACAUAUCUUACUGUUUGUACAGCAGCAAUAAUGCCAUAAUUGCUGCAACGUAUCAACAGAACGUCUUCUUCGUGCUCGCCUUUUCACUUAUAGCUUUUUGCUACAUACGAAUUCUUCAGACUGUCCUAAACUCCAGAGCGAGAAAGAGACACAGGACUGUAAGACUCAUCUUUUGCACUGUGAUGGUCUUCUUCAUUGGUUGGGCUCCUUAUAACAUUGUGAUAUUUUUGCAGACCCUGAAGUAUUACUUCAUUGCAGCUUUUACAGACUGUACCGUGUCUGAUAAUCUAGACUACGCCCUUUACGCCUGCAGACUGCUGGCUUUUUCCCACUGCUGCUUCAAUCCAGUGUUUUACGUUUUUGUCGGGGUAAAAUUCCGGAAUUAUUUAAAGGUGAUUCUGCAACUUUUUCGUCCCCAAAUCAACACGGACCCCCAGCAAGUACGAGUUUCAACAGUUCAGGGUUCUAAGGGCUCCAUGUACUGA